GUUGAACAAUGGCUGGAAGUUGGUGUUUGGCUCAGAUUUUGGUGGUCUGUGCUUUCUGUCAUGCUGUUCCACAGUGGAGUAAAUCGCUUCAGGAUGCUCAAGCUCUGAUGAUCCAGCAAACUGACCAGCAGUUUCAGCUCCAGAAGCCAGUUCAACAGCUAACUAACCAGCAGUUUCCGCCUCGGAAACCAGUUCAACAGCUAACUAACCAGCAAUUUCCUCUCCAAAAGCCUGUUCCACAACUACCUACACCGCAGUUUCCGCUUCAGAAGCCAGUUCCACAACAACCUAAGCCGCAGUUUCCACUUCAGAAGCCAGUUCCACAACAACCUAAGCUGCAGUUUCCGCUUCAGAAGCCAGUUCCACAACAACCUAACCCGCAGUUUCCGCUUCAGAAGCCAGUUCCACAACAACCUAAGCCGCAGUUUCCGAUUCAGAAGCCAGUUAAACAGCAGUUUCAGAAGCCAGUAGUGCAGGCAGAGCCCCUUGAUAAAUGUGCUGUAGCUGAUUCUGAGCAGAUCCAAUGUGGUCUACCUGGGAUCAGUGGUGCUGAGUGUGAAGCUAUCAACUGCUGCUUUAACGGACAGCAGUGUUUCUAUGGGAGGGCAGUGACUGUCCAGUGUAUUCGAGAUGGUCAGUUUGUGGUAGUGGUGUCUCGAGACGUUACCUUGCCUCGACUGAGUCUGGAUUCGGUUCAUCUACUGGGUGGAAACGACCCACCUUGUGCUCCUGUGGGGUCUACACCUUCCUUUGCUAUAUACCAGUUCCCUGUGACCGCAUGUGGCACGAGCGUGAUGGAGGACGGUGGAUAUGUGGUGUAUGAAAACAGAAUGACCUCAUCGUAUGAAGUGGGGAUUGGACCAUAUGGUUCCAUCACAAGGGACAGUCAUUUUGAGUUUCUCUUCCAGUGUAGAUAUUCGGGAACUUCCGUGGAAGCUCUGGUUGUGGAGGUCAACUCUGUUCCUCCACCUCCACCAGUAGCUGCUCCUGGACCUCUCAGGGUGGAGCUCAGACUGGCCAAUGGCCAAUGUGUCACCAAAGGCUGUGCUGAAGGGGAUGAGGCCUACACGUCCUACUACAGUGACGCUGAUUAUCCCAUCACAAAAGUCCUGCGAGAGCCUGUGUAUGUUGAGGUGCACAUUAUGGAGAGGACUGACCCCAACAUUGUCCUGAUGCUGGGACGUUGUUGGACUACUUCAACCCCCAGUCCACUCAGUCUCCCCCAGUGGGACCUUCUGAUCGACGGAUGCCCUUACCAGGACGACCGCUAUCUGACCACACUGGUUCCAGUGACUGGAUCGUCUGGUCUUCAGUUCCCAACCCACUACAAGCGCUUUGCUGUGAAGAUGUUCACAUUUGUAGAUCCAGCCUCACUGGCUGCUCUGCAGGAAACCGUCAAGUGA